GAUUGAUAGACAGCUGUUUGUGCUCAAUGUGUGAUUGGAUCAUGCUGUGGACGGCUGCUCUCUGUCUGUGUCUGUGCGUUUGCUCUCUGGCGGGUCCCAUCCCGGUACACCGUGGGGCGUCUGAGCGCAGCAAACUGCUGCUUGUCUCCUUUGAUGGCUUCAGGUGGGACUAUGACAGGGACGUGGAAACGCCGCACCUGGAUGCCAUGGCGAAAGACGGGGUCAAAGCCACAUACGUGACACCGGCGUUCCUCACCGUCACCAGCCCGACACACUUUACCAUCCUAACAGGUAAAUACAUUGAGAAUCACGGUGUCAUUCACAACAUGUGGUUUAACAGCAGCACCUGGGAGAAGAAAUCCUACUAUAAGUCCCAGUUCGUGAAUGAGUGGUGGGACAACGGGAGUUUGCCCAUAUGGAUCACGGCUCAGAGACAGGGUCUGAAGGCUGGUUCCCUUCACUUUCCUGGAACGGCGUCCACUUAUCAGGGUGAAAGUGCAGUCGUGAGAGAAGUGGAACCUGAAAACUACAAUUACAGCAACGAAACGGCCUGGCGAGAGAACGUAGACAAAGUGAUGAAGUCUUGGUUCGGGGAGCAGGACCUGGACUUCGUGUCCAUGUACUUCGGUGAGCCUGACAGCACGGGACACAAGUACGGGCCAGACUCCCCCCAGUGCAGGGCGAUGGUCCGACAGGUGGACCGUACGGUUGGUUACCUGCGUAGCGCGGCCGAGAAAAACGGCCUGAGCGAGCGGCUCAACAUCAUCAUCACGGCUGAUCACGGCAUGAGCACCGUCUACCGCAACGGGCUGGUGGACGAGAUCGUCCUGUCCAAGAUCCCCGGCUUCUCUUUCAAAGAUCUGGACUUUCAUAUCGUGGAUUUCGGACCGGUGGGACUCCUGCUGCCUAAAGAAGGACGGAUUGAUAAAGUGUUCAACGCCCUGAAAGGCGCUCACCCGCAUCUACAUGUCUAUAAGAAAGAGGAGAUUCCCGCUCGCCUGCAUUACUCCCAUAAUGACCGCAUAUUACCCAUCAUCCUCUGGGCCGAUCCAGGAUACGUCAUCAAUGGGUAUUUCCCAGUGCAGUUUCAUAAGGGGGAGCAUGGCUAUGAUAACCAGGCUCUGGACAUGAAGCCGUUCUUCAGGGCCAUGGGGCCGGAUUUCCAAAAGAAUCUGGAGGUGGGGCCUUUUGAAACUGUCAACAUUUACCCGCUGAUGUGCCACCUGCUGAAAAUCACACCUGAACCCAACGACGGACACCUGAACACCACACGACACAUGUUGACCUCCUCCAUACAGACAGAGAAUGAAGGCUCGUCUGGUGAUGAUAUUCUCAGCAGUGUUUUCAUUGGCCUGGGAUCUGUCGCUGGUUUUCUGUUCAUUGUCUUUGUUGUUCUCUUAAGCCGUGGUAUUCACAAACGCAGGGGGAACAAAAGCAGUUCCACAGACGAGGGGAAGAUUGACAAGUGUCACGCUGAAACAAAACAAACUGCAUUUUAGAACGAGGAAUCCAGAGGAAGACACACACACCCACAUUUUGUAGUACAAACAAUAUUAU